AACGAAAAUAACCUUAGGUACAUGCAGCACUGUGUUUGUGUUUGCCGACGAAUUCCCGGUGCAAAUCAAUCUCCAGUCGCAGUACCUCUGCAAUUGAGAUGCGUGCACGGACACUGCAGCAAACAAUUGAUCCGUUGCAGGUACCAGGCGUUUUGGGAUUGCAUGAUUUAGCUUAGCUCCAUAGAAGUAACACCAGGUUCACUUAGGGGGAGCUACAGCCGGGGCAGGGGCGGUCUGGCUCUUCUAGGCAUAGGCUGGCGCUGGUGGCCCCUGAAAGAAGCAAAUUGCCAGUACGACGCCUACUUCUCCUUUACUGUAGCACCCGACCCAAACUUCUCCUGGCCUCUUAUCACCGCGACCAAUUCUUCUCUCCUCCAUCAAGAGCUUCGUCUUGACCGAACUCUGUUACUUCGUCUCCUCGCUUCAGCUGCUCAUACACCCUCUCCCGCCGUUUUUAGGGCUAAUUCUCAUACCUACCAGUCGCCUUCCAUGAUGUCCUCCAAGGUUAUCCGCCGAAAGAAGAAUGUCAAGAAAGGCAUUCAGUUCUGCCUGAUGGUGUGUGGUGCUUCUGGAACUGGCCGGACCACCUUUGUCAACACCCUCUGCGGCAAGUCUGUCCUCGAGCACAAGGAAGCCGACGAUGCUACCAACGCGCACAUUGAGGAGGGCGUCAAGAUCAAGCCCCUUACCGUUGAGCUUGAACUCGACGAGGAAGGCACCCGAAUUUCGCUGACCAUUGUCGACACCCCCGGAUUUGGCGACCAGAUUGACAACGAGGCCAGCUUCUCAGAAAUCGUCGGCUACCUCGAGAGACAAUAUGACGACAUCUUGGCCGAGGAGUCUCGUAUCAAGCGUAACCCUCGCUUCAGGGACAACCGUGUCCACGCCAUGCUUUACUUCAUCACCCCUACCGGCCACGGCCUCCGAGAGCUCGAUAUCGAACUGAUGAAGCGCCUUGCACCCCGUGUCAACGUCAUCCCCGUUAUUGGCCGAGCCGAUACUCUGACCCCUCAGGAGCUUGCCGAGUCAAAGAAGCUGGUCAUGGAGGACAUUGAGCACUACAGAAUCCCCGUCUACAACUUCCCCUACGACAUUGAGGAAGACGACGAGGAUACCGUCGAGGAGAACGCAGAACUCAGAGGACUCAUGCCCUUUGCCAUUGUUGGCUCGGAGGAUGUGGUUGAGAUUGGUGGCCGCAAGGUCCGCGCUCGCCAGUACCCGUGGGGUGUUGUCGAGGUUGAGAACCCUCGCCACUCAGACUUCUUGGCCAUCCGAUCAGCCCUCCUCCACAGCCACUUGGCUGACCUGAAGGAAAUCACCCACGAUUUCUUGUAUGAGAACUACCGUACCGAGAAGCUGUCUAAGAGUGUGGAUGGCGGUGCCUCUGGAAGUCUUGAUGCCUCCAUGAACCCCGAGGACCUGGCUUCCCAGUCCGUCCGCCUCAAGGAGGAACAGCUCCGACGAGAGGAGGAGAAGCUCCGCGAGAUCGAGCUCAAGGUCCAGCGUGAGAUCAACGAGAAGCGACAGGAGCUGCUGGCGCGCGAGUCUCAGCUCCGCGAGAUAGAGGCUCGUAUGCAGCGCGAGACGGCCCAAGCAUCGCCCGCGCUGGACACCAGCAUCAACGGCGGCGAGGAGUAA